UUCAGGACACACACACGCACGCACGCACACACACACACACAACCCCAGUACCUUGGAUGAAGCGUGUUUGAAAUGCAGGAGAGUGUGUGAUACGUAAAAUAAAUAAAUAAAUAAAUAAACAACCGUGUCACCAUGCAGCGUCCUCUACACCGCUUCCACACGAAAGGCGCGUCCACUCCAUCUGGCUGAUUUUCCUGAUCAUUUCACAAAUAUUACUCUUUGGAUGGAGGUUUUUAUUUAACCUUCUCUACUGUUGUAUAUGCCCAUCACGACGGACAUAAGGCACAAAAAUCCGCGUGUGUUUUGAUUGAACGUCGAAUGGCACGCGCUCGGCUCGAAAGGACUCAAAAGUAAAAUCAGGACUACUGGGCUAUUUCAGCAGAGAGAACAGGGCAAUGCUUCCACCUCAUGGAAGCACUGACGAGGCAAUCUAGUGCCUGGACAGGGACCGUCCUCAGCAUCAGUGCUCACUAGGCCAGAAUGGAAACAGGGCUCAGAACUGCCCCCAGAGCAGAAGAGGAGAAAGAUCCUCCUGCUCAGAGGAAGUUAUCAGCAGCAGGUGGUGGUGACCUCGGGCCUGAGUGCUGCAAAUGCAACGGUCUGAUCAACACCCGAAGUGUAAUGGUGGAGACCAAGGAGGGGCGAGUGUCAGUGUACUCUGCCCCACAGUAUCAGGGCCACGUGGUGGUCAAUUAUUCCCCCGAGCAUGCGGGUCAGGACAGAACUGGGACACGGAUAAGUGGGCACCAUCCACAGCUGCUCAACCCCAGUGCCUUGCCCCAGGCUCUGGACCCUUUUUAUAAGCCCAACCUCAUCUUGUACCCUGAAGGAGUACUGAGAGUGUGGGGGGAGGGAAGCGACUGCUGCGAGACCACGUUCAUUGAGGACAUGGCUCCUGCUAACUCCACUGCUACGGUUACUAAAGAUGGGCUCAUGCUCACUGACAACAAAUUCCUGGAUUUAUCUAUGGAGGAUACCAAGAUUCAUACACUCUCCUACGAUGUGGAUGAUGACGAUGAGUUUCAAGAGCUGGAGAGUGAGUACUCAAGUGACUCUGAGAGUGAGGACAACUUCCUGAUGAUGCCCCCGCGAGACCACCUGGGCCUCAGUGUCUUUUCAAUGCUGUGCUGCUUCUGGCCCCUUGGUAUUGCUGCCUUCUACCUGUCUCAUGAGACUAACAAAGCAGUAAAUAAAGGUGACUUUCACCGUGCCAGCUCCAGCUCCAGACGUGCUCUGUUCCUAGCUGUGCUGUCCAUCACCAUCGGUACUGGCAUCUACGUUGGCGUGGCAGUGGCUCUUAUUGCAUACCUUUCCAAAAACAACCACUUGUAGCCUUGCAUUGCCUCCCAUCUUGCCACUGACUGUCCAUGUGGAUUUACUGUAAGGCCACUUAGGGGUAUUGCACUGAGUAACGAUCUUCACACUCUACUGCACUUUUAUGAAUCACAUGGAAUUACUGAAUGGAUUCUCAUUUGUAAACAUUGUGACAUUAUAAAGCAUUGCAUUCCUUUUUCGUAUUCACUGUUUAGCACAGUGGCAUUUGUGUAGACUUACUGUAGUAAUAGACUUUAAUACCUGUUUACAAGGCGACAACAUCAGUACGCUUUGAUCAACCACAGUAUUUAUUGUGCCAAUCUUGUCUUUUGAGCCUUUAGUGUAGUGUUAUUUUUCUUCUGGAUGGUGGUGAAGUAUGAAAAACACAAACUAUCUGAAGUGCCACAGUGCUUUGAAGCCUUCUUAUAAAGAGCUACAAUAUUAUAAGGACCACAAGAAUGGGCUUAUUCAACACUCAAGGGUAAGAUGGACGCAAAGCCAUAUAGAUGGGCUGUAGGACUAUGAAUGUGGACUUUCCUGGUUUAAGAGUAACAUUUUGAUCUGAGAGGGCUGUAAAUAUUUAUAAACCAUUUUUUGUGAGACAACACUUGGAGUCUCAAAACCAGGCCAUAUGCUUUCAGUUUCUACAUGCCAAAUUAUGAUGGUGUACGUGCUUACACUGUGUUACAGAUUUUCACCAUGUGGGAGAUUUUAAUCACCGAACUGCAACCUCUUGCCAAUUAAAUGUAGUCUUUUCAUUCAAA